AUGGCUACUCCCUACAAGCAACCACCCCACAAAUUGACGAUGAUUCCUGGCCCCAUCGAAUUCUCUGACGAGGUUCUUGGGGCUAUGGCCACACCUUCGCAGGCCCACACUUCUCCCGAGUUUGUCAAAACGUUCCAGUCGGUCUUGCAGAACUUGAGAAAGUUGUUCAAGUCUUCUGACCCCGACGCACAGGCCUAUGUAAUUGCUGGUUCUGGAACUUUGGGCUGGGACAUUGUUUCCACUAACUUGCUUAGCCCAGGAGACAAAGUGUUGGUUUUGUCGACGGGAUUCUUUUCCGAUUCAUUUGCUGACUGUUUGAAGAUUUACGGAAUCGAUGUUGAUGUCGUUACUGCUCCUGUCGGAGGAGUGGUUCCGGUCGAAACCGUCGCUGAAAAGUUAAAGUCUACUAAGUACACAGCCAUUACCAUCACCCAUGUUGAUACGUCGACUUCUGUGGUAAGUGACGUGAAGGCUGUUUCUGAAAUCGUAAAGAAGGAAUCGCCAGAAACGUUGAUUGUAGUCGAUGGAGUCUGUUCUAUCGGGGUAGAAGACUUGGAGUUCGACAAAUGGGGUAUCGAUUUCGCCUUGACAGCUUCACAGAAGGCCAUUGGUGUUCCUGCUGGUUUGUCCAUCUCCUUUGCCUCGGCCAGAGCAGUGGCAAAAGCUUUGGCAAGAAAGGAAACUGUCUUCUUUGCCUCGUUGAAGAGAUGGACUCCGAUCAUGAAGGCUUACGAAUCCGGUAACGGUGCCUAUUUUGCCACGCCAGCCGUCCAGACUAUCACCGCUUUGAAGGUAUCGUUAGAUGAUAUCUUGAGUGGUAGCAUCGAUGACAGAUUUGCUAAGCACGCUGAAAUCUCGUCUAAGUUCAAGUCGAGCGUUGAAAAGUUAGGCUUGAAGAUAGUUCCUCUCAGCCACGAUGUCGCUGCUCACGGAUUGACCGCUGUUUACUUCCCAGAAAACAUCAAUGGUGCCGACUUGCUUGCCAAGUUGAGCUCCAAGGGUUUCACCGUUGCUGGUGGUAUCCACAAGGCUUUGGUAGGAAAAUACUUCAGAGUAGGUCACAUGGGCUACUCAGUCUACGCUGGACACGUAGACCAGCUCACCAAGGCUCUUGAAGAAUCAUUGGACGAACUCAAAUAG